UCUUUGCUGUUACGAAAGAGUGAGAGAAGUGUAGCUAGCUAGCUAGCAUGUUACCAGCAUGUCCUCCUUUUAUCAAAUACAUUAUUAGGUUUACAAUUGAAUGCUAUGUCAGAAUUGUUAAACACAUUUUUCAAGAUUUGUACAGUAGCUAGUUAGAUGUAAAUACAUCGACAGUAACCUGGCAGUAAUAGGAGUUAAAACAAGGGGUUGAAAGAACGUUGCAUUUGCCCUUAAGUGGUAUUUCUCGCUACUAGGCAUUGGCAGCUAGCUACAUUUGGUCAACUUGCUAUCUACGAUAUAUUCUAUUCCUGGAAGAUAGAUAUCUCAAUGAUAUCCCAACUGAACUGGUAAGUGUAAACAGAAAACGGAUCAUCCCCAUGAGUUUGCAGGAUGGAGAGGGACUGGGUGGAUGGAAUCUGUCGCCUCACCUGCACACGGACGAGUGCAACAUACUGAUAAACCUGCUGAAGCAGUGCCACACGGAGCACAAUGUCAAGAAGUUCUUUGGCCAUUGCAAUGAUAUGGACCGUGCCAUGAGAGCUUGUUUGAAGGACGAGCGGAUUGCAAAGAGGGAGAAAAGCAAACAGCAUGCUAAAGAGAUGAGACAGAGGCUGAAAGACGGCCCUAAGGAAGACUUCUGAAUGGCAGUACUGGCUGAGCCGAUGCUCCAGAAAGGGGCACAGGAACUGGGUAUUGGAGGACUUGAGACUUACGGGGGCCUACCAGGAGAAGCCUACCUUACUGCCUGGACAUCUGGCCACAAGAGGUCUCUCAUAGUGUCGGUUUCAGUAUGUGUGUUGAAUAGUGUUGGGUGGAUUGUCAUAGACAGUGGUGGAUGAUCAUUUCGCUACUCAGGGAUCAGAGCUCAUAUGGGGGGUCUGUUUCGAGGACUGCUACCCAACACCCAUGCAAUCAUGGUUGAUUGCAUAUUUAAAGUACUUAACAAAAUAAUUGUUUUAAAUUGUCUGCGUAUCUGACUGGGGAUGAUGAAUGAACACUGGAUUUCUAUUGAAUAAAGUGUAUCAAAACACAGAA